AUGAAUUUUAUAUUGUUUGUUUUUGUAUCUGGAGUUUUUCCCUCAGAGAUUAACACUACAAAGCCUACUAUUGAAGCAUUACCUGAUGUGGUGCCUUUAAAUGAAGAAAAUAGAGAGGAAGAAGAACUGUAUAGGGAUGACUCUCACGAUAAAGCUCCUGCUAAUGGGAAAAGUGACCAUUAUUUUAAAGACACAAAACAAUAUGUGAUCACAACAGAAAAUCCAAAUGGUACUGCCUCUGAAAUAUCGGUGAGAGCAACCACUGAUAUAAAUUUUGCUCUAAGAAACUAUAAAAUCAUCAACGCAACUUCAGCAAAUGAAGCAAAAUCUGAAGAGCCCCCUCAUAAAAAUACUCAAAAAACAACCCCAAAUGUGCCUGCAUUUUGGACAAUGUUAGCUAAAGCUAUAAGUGUAACAACGAUGAGCGUGGACGAUAAAGAUCAAUUAUUUCAACCAAUUCCAAGCUCUGAUGUGAACCCAGCAAACAAAGACCUGUCAGAGCUAGAGGACCUCAAGUACAAACUAAUGCUGGGCAUCGCCUUGAUGACCUUCAUCCUCUUUGUCACCCUCCUGGUAUUCUGUUGUGUCACACUGUGCAAACUGAAGCAGCUGAAUAAUAAACGUUGUGACAGUGACUACUCUGUCAACCCAGAACUGGCAACUCUUUCUUAUUUUCAUCCAUCAGAAGGUGUAUCAGAUACUUCUUUUUCCAAGAGUGCAGAAAGCAGCACAUUUUGGGGCACCAGUUCUUCAGAUAUGAGAAAAUCAGGCAUCAGAACAUCAAAAUCUAAAACUAUGGUGGAUAUGACUUCCACAGGCUCAGAUGAGGAUGUAGUCAUGAACUAUGAGGAAGCGAGUAACAACAUGAAAACUGAUGAAUAG